ACGAUAUCUUGAUUUGUGGAUACUGAAAAUCAAAUAAGUCUAAAGUCAUCUUAUGUACGAUGGACUUUGACAAGUUUUAUGAUUGAUAAAAGAAUGUUAUGUCAGUUCAAAUGUAUGUGAUAAUUAUUACCUAAUAGAGAUCAUGUAAUGACAGGGGCGCUGCCAGCAGUUGACAUCGGUAGACACCUUGCUCAUCUCGUUGACACCUUCGCGACCUUGCGCCGAACGCCGAGGCUGCACCGCCACGUCCGCAAACAAACCCAAUUCAUAUUGUCAUCUCACGUUAUACACAACAACUACGAAGACAAUCUGUCAAAAGAUUUUCGAGCGACUUUUGACCUUAUGGCUUUACAGUUAGUGAGCAGGUGGUGUUAGCAUAUCGGCAGAUCUAGCCUUGUAUCAAUUAACAAGGUAUAAACAAACGAUUCAUUGUUUUCAAGUUGCACGCAGAUGUAAAAGUGGAUAUCGGUCGGUGGGCUACCUCCCUCGCUCAGUCGCUCCGCGUCGCUCCAACGGCGCAGAUCGCGUCGCGUCCGCACUUCGCCACGGCCGAUUCUAUAAUAACACGUCGUGUGUGAUUCGGAUUCGAAAUUCAAAUAUUGAGUGAUUAAUUUUUUUUUAAUUUCGUCUGUGCACUGUGCCAGGAUUUUUAUUCUGCCAGACCAAAAAGGUUUCGCAUGCAACCAUCAAGCUAACUAAAUACUAAAAGGGGGUACAGCAACCCUAAUGCCAAAGAUGAGAGCGGCGGCGGUGACGGCGGCAACGGCGGCGUGUGUGGCAUUACUCGCUACCCUGGUAGCUGGUGAUGAAACAAAAGUAGAUUCAGUGGAGAGCGCAAGCGAGUCCACGGGAUCAUCACAAGAAGAGGGCGAGUGGGUACCAAAGGAGGCAUGGAUGCGGGCACCGGCAGGUGGAGUGGCGGUGCGCAGCGGCGAGGAUGCGCUGCUGACGUGCGUGGUGCUCGGAGCGCGCGGCCGGCCCGUGCUGUGGAAGCGAGCCAGAGAUCUGCAACUGCUGACAGCAGGGGGCGUCAGGGUUACCAGGGACGACAGGGUACGCGUGCUGCAUGAUGAUUCCGAGGAGCCCAUCAAAGGCCCCGGCAUCAGGAAGGGCGGUGACGUGUGGGCGCUUGUCAUCAAAUCUGUAAAGCCCUCGGACGCCGGCCUCUACAUGUGUGAACUCAACACGGAACCGCCUGUUAGGAGCUUCCAUCGGCUAACUGUCAUCUCCCGCGGUCUCACUCCGCCCGAGAAUCAGAACACGACAGACACGUAUUCCGCCAACAUUCCCACGCUGUCGUCGCUGGCAUUGGCACACAAUUACACGGAGUGCUGCCUCGCCGCCAACGUAAGCUCCAGCUGCCUCGGCUUUUGCAGCAUUCAGACCAUCCUGGAGGGUACCGGCCAAGACCCCGAGCUCUGUCAACCCGACUUUCCGGCAAUCGUCAAAUGCAUGGCGGAUGGUCGCAACCACGUGCCCUGCUGCGUGCAGGAGCGCGUGCCCGAUAUCUGCCAGGACGUGUGUCGCGGAGAGUUCACGCCUGUCACGGACAACAUCAAGACUCACUACUCCUGCGCCACUUACAUGGAGAAGACUCUCGCUUGUAUCGUCGAGGGAAUAGAACUAUUGCCAAGUCCACCAGAAGACGUGGAAGUUGAGCCGCUGAACGAGAAACAAUUGAACGUAUCCUGGAGUCCGCCGGUAGAGAACUCGGAGACUGUCACAGAGUAUAUAGUGAACGUGACCACUCUGCGCUCCUUCGAUGCCCAUUUGAUUGAUCCCUCUGAGAGUUCGAUAAAGACUAACGACACAAAAACCAGCCAGACAAUGACGUAUAAGGUUCAAGCGAAUAAAACCUCUUUUAUCGUGAACGAUUUGCUGCCGUUCACGAUGUACGAAGUGACGGUAACCUCGUUCAAUAUUCACGGCUCCAGUCUCCCGAGCUACAGUGUAAGAUCACUAACCCUGACUCCUGGGAAGAUGAAGACUACGCAAGUAGCACCGGCGCCCAAGUUGCCUGACGUCAGAGGAUGCUGCAUCUCAGCCGGAGUCAACCAUUACGGUUGCGUUGAGAAACUAUGCGACCCCACAAAGACAUAUGAAAUAGACCUGCAGGUGACAGACCUGAUGAUCUGCGCGCCCUGGGCGGGAGCCACCUUCGGCUGCCUGGCCAACGGGAUGGACCACACGCCGUGCUGUCGUGCUCGCGGACUCCCAGAGCCAUGUCUGCCUCUCUGCAGCGGGAACAUCACCACGCUAGACUUCAAUCACUUCAAAUGUCUCCGGUACAUGAGUGCGUACACGAACUGCUUACUGCAAGGCUACGGCGUGCUGCCGGGCGCGCCGAGCCGGCUGCACCUCACCAACAUCGACACCGACUACGCCGUGGUGCACUGGGCACCACCCGCCGCCCUCGCUGACACCGUGCAACACUACAACCUGCACUACAAGGCGCUAGCCCUUGAUGAUGACUACACCAUACUGAAGAAGGUCCAUUCGCCCUACAUCUUGGAGAACUUGGAAUCAAACAGCGAUUACGAGAUCUACGUGGAGGCGGUCAACGAACACGGGGUCGGAGACGCCUCUCCCAGACUCAUAUUCAGGACACAAAGUCAGGUGAUAGAAGAAGAGGAGAUUUCAGCGAACGCUUACAACGUGACAGCGUGCUGCGAGCGAGUGUCGCUGGCGGGCGUGUGCAUGCCGCUCUGCUCCUACGACGCCAAGAUGUCGGACCUGCGCACGCUGGCGCCGCUCUGCGCACAGGAGUUCCACAAACUGCUGCGCUGCGGUGCUGGUGGUCGUAACCACGAGGAAUGCUGCGCGCGACGUGGCGUGCCGGCACAUUGCCGCGGCGUGUGCGCGUCUGCCCACGCCGGCGGAGUCAACGUCUGCGUGCCCUACAUCGGCAACAUCGUGCAAUGCUUCGAAGAAGGAACCGGUAUUUUGCCGGGUCCUCCGCGUGAGCUGCACGCGGUGGUUUCUGGCGAGGGCAAGCUGUUCCUGGAGUGGGCGCCUCCGGCUGACGGUGCCAACGCCACCUCCUACACCGUUCACUGGCAGCUCGUCGGCAACAAUUCUCAGCCAUACUACUACAACACGCUGCAGUUAGACAAUAAACUGAACGUGACGGAACCGAUGGCGCGCAUCGUGGAUUUGGAGCCAAACGCGACGUACCAUGUGUUCGUAGUGGCUGCCAACGCGCACGGAACCUCCUUACCUUCCAGUAUGCUGCUUCUCAACAUAACAGAUAAAGAUUCCGAGAAAGAGGUGUCGGGCAUCCCGUCGCCUCCACACUCGCUGGCGGUCUCCUCUCACUCCGCCACCUGGCUGACUCUCGCCUGGCAGCCGCCGCAGUUCUCACUGCCGGACGAGAAGAUUACAUACACAUUAUUCUACAAGUCGCCGAGUCAGAUAGGUGUGGGCAACGUGACGCGCAUAGAGACGACAGUGCCGGGUCACACGCUGGAGAAGCUGGCGCCCAACACGCAGUACGUGGUGUGGGUGACCGCGCACGCCGCCGCCGGAGACUCGCUGCCCUCGGAGACCUUGCUCGCCUGGACUGACCCUGCUUACCCCGCAUACGUGGAGCCACCGACCGUGAACCCGGUGAACCUCGUGGUGGAAGGUUCCAGCAUGACGAUACUCUGCAUCGCUAUGGGCACGCCCACGCCCACCAUCUCGCUGUACAUAUCGGGUCGCUUAGUCCGGCAAGAGGUGACGCGGCACAUGGUGACAGUAAUCCACAACGUGACGCGGGACAUGGACCAGAUCUCGUGCUACGCGGACAAUGGCUACGGCACGCCCAUGCAGGCCUCCAGGAAGAUCAACAUAUCACAUGUACCAACAAUCCAAGCAUCAGGAAUAACGAUGGCAGCGGCAGGUGACUCCGUGAUCCUGGAGUGUCGUGUGGAGGCUCUGCCCAAACCCACUAUAGCUUUCUGGAGGGACCCCAACGGCAGGACACCAGUUAUAGACGGACCUAACUAUACAAUACAAUUAAUUGCUGAUCCUGAAGACCAAACGAAGUACACGAUGCGUCUAAUUAUAAAGAAGAUAUCGGAGUCAGACGAGGCGGACUACUUCUGUCACGCGGAGAACGCGUUUGGCAAAACUCUGCGGCCCGUCUCCGUGCGCCUGCGCCAUCCCGCACCGCACCACAACGUCACUCAAUGCUGCACACAGAUGAACGUGUCCUCCGCGUGCAUAGACGCGUGCAGCUUCCAUCUAGACAUGGACAACAUCAUGGACCGACCUGAGUGCCUCGACGACUUCGAGAAGCUCAUGAAGUGCGCCGCAGACGGAUCUGACCACCGCGGAUGCUGCGCGUCAUGGGGUGUGCCGCGGUCCUGCCUCGAGUUGUGUCGCGGAGGAGCAGUGGCGCGGUCCUGUGCGCUGCAGCAUGCACGACGAGCGCUGGCCUGCUUCAGAGACGCAGGAGCUCGCUUGCCAGGACCACCGAGAGAGCUGCGCGCGCACGCCGCGCCUACACCGCAUGCUGUACUACUUAGCUGGGAGCCGCCGCUGAAGAACCCGCAGACGGUGUACCUGUACCGCGUGUUCUGGCGCGCGUAUGGUGCCAAGGUGCCGGAGAAGCUGGACACCAGCGAGACCAGCGUCGUGUUGACCGGCCUGCGCGAUGACGUCAGAUACGAGUGCGUCGUCAAGGCCGCCAACGACGUCGGCACAUCAUCACUGAGCGCGCCCAUCAUGUUCACGACGGCGGGACAGGAGGAGGGCGCGGGCGCGGCGGCGGCGCCGGUGUCGGGCGGUGCGGCCUCCGCGGUCGGCGGCGCCGUCGCCUGCGUCCUGCUCGCUGCACUGCUUCUCGCUGCCGGAUUCUACUACCGGCACAGGAAGAAUUUAAGACUUAAAACGCAAGGGGGCGUUGCGUUUGAGAAUCCCAGUUACCUCAGAGAAACAAAUACUGACACAUUAGGAAAUGGUACUCUACCAAACGGCAACGCGAGUAACGGCGGCGGCGCGCCGCACAGCGUGUCGAACAGCGCGGCGUGGCGGCAGGAGACGCUGCAGCAGGCGAGCGGCGCGCGCGAGGUCGAGCCCACGCUGUACGAGGAGCUGAAGCUCGGACAGGAUGGCGCCGGCUUCAAGCGGCUCAAGCCAUAGCCCGCGGCGCGCUCGACGCUCCGCUCGCCGAGCGGUUCGCCGAGCCGAUCGCCGAGCCGCUCGCCGCGCUUCUCCUCGCCACGCAUCGCGCCCAAGUACUGAACUCAGUGCCGUAAAAUGACAAAAAAGUGACUGAUUUCUAUCCUUGAUUAAAUAAACAAUCGAAAAAGGUGUAUAGUUAUUACAUAAAUAUAUACGUAGUUUAUGAUAAUUGAAUAUCAACAGAAAUUCUAGAGAACCAUAGUUUUCAAUAAUAAGUGUGUGUAAAUAUUCUAAAAUUUGUAACCUAGUUAUGAUCCGUUUAAAAAGUACUUAGUCAAAACAAUAGGAAGAAAUCAGUUGCACAAAAAAAGAGUGACUUCAAACCCCAAACAUAAACAAAUCGUUAAAUAAAGUGUGCAAUAUAAAAAAGAAACAACAAAACAGAACACUUAGUGAAAUGGACGCAAGUGGCGCGGCUGCAGCGGAGUGUUAGAUUAAUAAAGAAAAUAACUUAUAAUAAUAUUUCCAGAGGUGUAACACUUUAUGUGAUGAAAACCAAAAAAAUAUAUAAGAUCUAUUUCCGAUACUUUAUGUAAAUAAACAAUAUUGAAAGCAGGGGAAAACAAAUAAACGUAACUAUUUCCAUUCUCGGAGCGUGAUCAAAACGCGCGAAAACCGACGCCAUUUUGAAAAAGUUUCCCGCUGCGUUCAAUGUUACUACACACUUAGGUCGCUAUAGCUUCUUUAACGAAGUGUUUUGUAUUAAAGUUAGGUGGAAAUCUAUGAAAAAUGUGCCUUCAAUUUAAGAAGUAGGUAGAAUAUGUUAGCAUUAGAAGUCUCGGCCUGUAUAAUAUGUACCUAAUGUAAAUAAAACAUUCCAUAGAGAGUCGAAACACUUUGUACAAUUUAAAACUACAAUAAAAAGGUUUAUCGAAGUAUUAAGAUUUUGAUAAGUGUUAGCCAUCAAAAUAAAUUGUUGAAUAGAUCAAUAUGUUAUAUAAAUUUACAAGAAAAUAAUGUUUUCUAAAACUUUAUUCACAUUUCGUACUGUUUUACGAGAAUAAAGUUGCUAGUUUUUAUUUAUAUUUUUAAUACUGUCAAACGAUUUUUUUUUAUUCCAUCACACUACGUAUGUUUAUUUAUUUUAUAAAAUAAAUGAUCUCAUUCACAAUUAUUUCAGUAGAAUAAUUGUUAAUUGAAUUUUAUUUUACUUUUAACUUUUUUUGGAUUGAAUCCUAGAAACGAUAUUCUAGCAUUGAAUGCAAAAAGACGUAUCUGCAUAAUGAAAAUCUGCUUUAUCUUAACUAAUACAGGUUUAUUUAUCUUGAAAAUAUUUAAUUUAUUGACAGUAAUAAAGUAUAUUGUCUCAUAUGUUCUUUGUAUGUAUGUAAAAAUAUGUAUGUAGUUUUGUUCGUACGUAGUGUGAAUUUAUAUAAAGGCCUGACUUUUCUUGUUAUUAGGACUUCUUUGCUGUAAACAAAUAUGUUAUUAGAUUUAGUUAUAAAAGAUGGAUGUGAUUAGAUUUGUAAAUAAAAUAAUAAAAAUGAACAAAUACCA